UCCUUUCUCCUCUCAACUCUCCCCUACACGACCCUUCUUCCUCCUCUCCUUCUAACCUUCGUCCUCCGCCCGUUGACUUUCGGCGCAAUAAACUACCUCCCCGCUGGUCCUACACCCAUCCUCUUCGCUCUCCUCGCAAACUACUACGCUGCGAUUCCAUAUACAUACCGGUAUAAGAUCUCGCCGUGGUCCGCGCCUACACCAUCAUCAUCAUCAACACAGUCGAAUACCCAGUCCCUCUCAGCGCUCUGGUCACGCAGUCUAACGCUGACAUCCAAGUCACUAUCCUACCUCCCUCCCCUCCAACUUGCGCUCAGCCAAUUUCCGGGCAGCUUGGUUGCGGCAGCUGUAGGGUGGGGCGUGGGCACGGCAUACCGGAGGGAUGUUCUGCCUGGAGCAAGCCGCUGGAGAGUUCCGGGGUGGAUGGUUGGUGAGGAGAAGAAAGGGGGUUUCGAGGGGCUGAGGGCGAGGCUAGAUGCUGAGAGGGAGAGGGAAGGUGGUGGAGCGGGGUUGGCGACGGGGAUUCUGGCGGAAGACGGGCAGGCGAGGCAGAGGAGGACGUUGGGAGAUAUGGUUGCUGAGCAGUUUAGAGGGGAUAGACGGGCGUAG